CUGUUUUGUUGUCCAUAGACUGAGAUACCCAGGUGAGUUUCUGUCUCGCGUAUAGAUAUCUGAUCUGUGUUGAGGGGGAGUUAAGUUAACAGUGACAGGUUGACUUGAUCACCGCUUCCUUACCUUGCCUCCAUACCUCCCUCCAUCUCCACGACACACCUACCUUCCCAACCUUCCCCCUCAAACCACAAACACAACCCACACCCACCAAAAUGGUCGGCUCCAUCCACGAACGCAUCCGCGAAGACCUCCUGGCCAAAGAGCGUCGGCUCUGGACGGCGCUCACGUCCGCGGACCCGGGCCCCGAAAUCAAGAAGAUGUGCAACGAGGAAGCGAACCUCCUAUUCCCCAAGCGAGACAUCCUGCACCUGCACUCGAAGCCCUCGAUCAGCGAGGCGCUGAAGCCCCCCUUCCACCACUUCGAGGAGUACGAGCUGCAGGAGGUGCGGGUGAUCGUGAUCGAUCUGAUGGCGGGCACGGUCACGUACAAGAUCAACGCGCGGCGCGGGGAGCAGUCGUACCACGGGACGGGGUCGACGACGUGGAGUCAGGCCAGUGAUGGGGAGUGGAGGAUCGUGGUGCAUCAGGAGACGCUGAUGUGAAUGUGAAUAAGGAGGAUUUGUAUUAGGGAUGGGAUGGGAUGGGGAUUCAGGUAGAUAUGACAGACGCUGGCGAUUCGUUUCGACUUCUAUUUCCAUUUCGAUGUCUUGGGGGUUCUAUCUAUCUAGUCGUUGAGUGAGUACAUUCUUGCUGCUGUUAUUGAGUCACUUUGAUGAUGAAUAUUACGUGAUAUGAGACGAUCCACCACACCACACCACACUACCAACCCAACCCAACCCAACCCAACCCAAUCCAACCUAGUGUCCACCACGCAGUAUCUACUAU